CCGAGACUCUGCAUGGCAGCCGCGAUCCCGGACCGUCCAGUUCAGCGAGGUGACCCACGUGGGGACGGCAGGGGAGGUGUUUUGUCUGUCCGCGUUGAGGAUGUCGGGUCGAACAUCAAGACGAUCCCUCCUGUAACUGUCCCGUGCAAGUACGGAUACUGUGUACGCCCGUACACGCAACAUCUCACUCUCGUUGCGCGUCCCGGUAUCAAACGGGAACUCUCGGCAGUUCCCGGGACACCACCGUCCGCUAUCACAACCGCCCAAGCCGUUCUCCCACGCCAAAACGACUUUCCCCUCGCAAUUCCACGGUCACAGCUGGUCCUGGGCUGGAACGCGCCUGCAGACGCACCCACGUUCUAUCCUGGCUCCAUUGCGUUCCUGGCAAGAGCAUUUGGCAGAGGUUACGUACACGUAGUGUCCAGCUGUAAAAGCUGGCUGCGCUAGCCCUGGUAAUGCGAGACAGAACAGCUCGACCGGGCAGCAGCCAAAGGGCAAAGGAUUGCUUGACUAACAGAGCUGAGGAACGUGUCAACUCCUUCUCCUUUCAUACCUUCCUGAGGUACAUGGUAAGCAGUGCGGCUAAGUUGGCUGAUUAUUGGCAAACAGAGCAAUGCCGGAGAGCGCCGGGGUCCCCUCGCCAGGGCGCCAAUUUCCGGUGUGGCGGCGUCUCCCCUGAGGAGCCGCCCGUCUCGGCCCCACCUGGCCGAGAACCAUUCGACAA